AUGACCGCAGAACACCUUGCAUCAAGGCCUCAUCUGGCAGUGAUCAAAGACCCAGACGGCGACUGGAUCCAUCUCCAUGCCGCCAAACAGCAUGAACCUGCCGCAGCCAACCUCGAGUCCAUGACGGAACGCAUUGUACGAAUCACCGAGGAUGAAAGGGAUCUCACGGAUUUCUACAACAUCAAAUGUUCCCCUACGAGGUCUCGGCGUCUCGAGAAGUUCUACAACGAUGAGCUCGAGAGCUUGUUCAAGGCGCCGUUCGACACGUUCAGCCAGGAAGACAAGGUCGACUUUUUGCUGCUUCGCAACUAUCUCAGACGGAACAUCCGUGUCCUGCUCCUGGAUCGAAAGCGAGACGGCCAAGUGGCACCCGUGCUGCCUUUUGCCCAGGCCCUCGUCGAUAUUUGUGAGGCUCGCCAGAACAUGGCCCCAAUCGACAGCAAGAAAACGGCCAUGAUUAUCAACGAGACGGUCAAGAGAAUAGCGACGACGACAAGGGCCAUCCAAGCCAAUGAGAUCCAAGCAGCCGACUCGACCUUCUCACGGGCCAUGAGCACCAUCGACCAGCUGCGAGGCCACGUCGACGAGUUCUACGGCUUCUACGCCCCGUACGACCCCCUGUUCCCCUGGUGGUGCUCGGUGCCCAAGCAGCAGCUCGACGAUGCGCUAGGCGGCUUGAGGGGGGCCAUCGACGCCCGCCUCACCCAGAAGAACGGGUCCGGGUCCAUCCGCGCCGCGGUCGAGCCGAUCGGGAGGGACGGUCUCCUCAACGAGCUCGAGGCGGAGAUGAUCCCCUACACGCCCGAGGAGCUCCUGAAGCUGGCGAGGGAGCAGUACGAUUGGUGCGAGCGGGAGAUGAAAAAAGCGUCGCGAAGCAUUCGUCGCGACAGAGUGAGCGCCGUUCCAGCGGCGGCAGAGGGACAUGGGACUGGCGAUACAUCGUGCCUCGAAGAAGCCGAUAACGGCUUUGGCGAUGACUGGAAGGCCGCCAUGGAAUACGUCAAAAACAGCUACGUGGAGCCGGGGCAGCAGCCGCAGAUGGUGCGGCGGCUGGCCCUCGAGGGCAUCGCCUUCGUCAAGAAGCACGACCUGGUCACGGUGCCCGAGGUGGCCGAGACUUGGCGUAUGUUCAUGAUCUCGGCGGAGCAGCAGAAGGAGUCACCCUUCUUCCUCGGCGGACCGUCCUUCUGGGUCUCGUACCCGACGCCGGCCAUGGACCACGAUCUCAAGAUGAUGGUGAUGCGCGGCAACAACCCUCACUUCUCGCGCGCCACGGCCUUCCACGAGCUCAUCCCGGGCCACCGGCUCCAGCUGUUCAUGGGGAGGCGCCACCGCCCCCACCGCGAGCUGUUCUCGACGCCCUUCUUCGUCGAGGGCUGGGCCAUGUACUGGGAGUACGUCUUCUGGAACCGGGGCGACUUCUUCGUCAGCGCCGAGGACAAGAUCGGCACGCUGUUCUGGCGCAUGCACCGGUGCGCGAGGAUCAUCUUCUCGCUCAAGUACCACCUGGGCGAGAUGACGCCCCAGCAGUGCGUCGACAUGCUGGUCGACUGGGUCGGACACGAGAGGUCCAACGCCGAGGGCGAGGUCACCCGGUCGUUCGGCGGCGACUACUCCCCCCUGUACCAGGCCGGCUACAUGCUGGGCGCGUUACAGAUGCACGGCUUGCGGGAGGAGGUGUUGACGAAGGGUGUCAUGGGCGAGAAGGAGCUUCACGACAGGAUCCUCAGGGCCAACACGAUGCCCAUCGAGCUGCUCCGCGCGCUGCUCCUGAACCAGAGUCUCAGCCCGGAGCAGACCUCCAAGUGGAGGUUCUACGACUGA